CUUUAUCAGUGCGUGUCGUCAGCCAUUUGCGUUUAGAAGGUUUUUUAAUCGUUCCGCAAAAAAUCGUCGAUUUCUUUACGAUAAAACGCCAGAAUGGCGUUCACGGGGGACUCAAAAGCCCCUUUGAGGACCGUAAAACGUGUACAAUUCGGAAUUCUAAGCCCCGAUGAAAUCCGAAGAAUGUCUGUCACAGAGGGUGGCAUUCGCUACCCAGAAACGAUGGAGGCGGGACGUCCCAAAUUGGGGGGUCUCAUGGACCCCCGGCAGGGGGUAAUAGAUCGUCAAUCCAGGUGUCAGACUUGUGCCGGCAAUAUGACAGAUUGCCCGGGUCAUUUUGGGCACAUAGAACUGUCAAAGCCGGUGUUUCAUAUUGGAUACAUUACGAAAAUCAUUAAGAUCUUGAGAUGUGUCUGUUUCUAUUGCAGUAAAUUGCUUGUCAGUCCUUGCAAUCCAAAAAUUCGCGAGAUUGUAAUGAAAAGUAAAGGCCAACCUAGACGUAGACUGGCCUUUGUCUACGACCUGUGCAAGGGCAAGAACAUCUGCGAGGGGGGUGACGAAAUGGACAUAAAAAAGGACGAACAGAACGACCCGAAUAAAAAACAGAGCCACGGUGGCUGCGGUCGGUACCAACCGAGCAUCAGACGUAGCGGUUUGGAUUUGACAGCCGAAUGGAAACAUAUUAACGAAGAUUCGCAGGAAAAAAAGAUACCUUUGACUGCAGAAAGGGUUUGGGAGAUUUUCAAGCAUAUUACUGACGAGGAAUGUUUCGUCCUUGGAAUGGAUCCAAAGUACGCCCGUCCCGAUUGGAUGAUCGCCACGGUGUUGCCGGUGCCUCCAUUGCCAGUCAGACCGGCCGUAGUGAUGAACGGCUCGGCCAAAAAUCAGGAUGACAUCACUCACAAACUUGCCGACGUCAUCAAGGUGAAUGCCGAGUUGGAAAAGAACGAAACUUCGGGCGCUGCUACGCAUAUUUUGACAGAAAACGUCAAAAUGUUGCAGUUCCACGUGGCAACGUUGGUGGAUAACGACAUGCCCGGGUUGCCUAGAGCGAUGCAAAAGUCUGGAAAACCCCUAAAAUCGAUCAAGGCUCGCCUCAAGGGCAAGGAAGGUCGUAUCCGAGGUAACUUGAUGGGCAAGCGUGUGGAUUUCUCUGCGCGUACUGUCAUCACGCCGGAUCCCAAUCUGCGCAUCGAUCAAGUAGGCGUGCCCAGGAGUAUUGCGCAGAACAUGACCUUCCCGGAAAUAGUAACACCUUUCAAUUUUGAAAAAAUGUUAGAACUGGUCAGGAGGGGGCAUUCACAGUAUCCUGGAGCUAAAUAUAUUAUUAGGGAUAAUGGUGAAAGGAUUGAUUUGAGAUAUCAUCCAAAAUCUUCGGAUUUGCAUCUACAGUGUGGUUAUAAGGUAGAACGACAUAUUCGUGACGGCGACUUGGUCAUCUUCAACCGUCAACCGACCCUUCACAAGAUGAGUAUGAUGGGUCACAGGGUCAAAGUCCUGCCCUGGUCAACCUUCCGCAUGAACCUCUCUUGUACCUCACCAUACAACGCGGAUUUCGACGGAGACGAGAUGAACCUCCACGUAGCUCAAAGCAUGGAAACCAGAGCUGAGCUAGAGAACCUCCACAUCACCCCCAGACAAAUUAUAACGCCUCAAUGUAACAAACCUGUUAUGGGUAUCGUACAGGACACCCUCUGCGCUGUGAGGAAGAUGACCAAAAGAGAUGUCUUCAUCGAGAAGGAACAGAUGAUGAAUUUGCUGAUGUUUUUGCCAAUUUGGGAUGGAAGAGUACCUAGACCCGCGAUUUUGAAGCCUAAACCUCUUUGGACAGGAAAACAGUUGUUUUCUUUGAUUAUUCCUGGGAACGUGAAUAUGAUCAGGACACAUUCAACACAUCCAGACGACGAGGAUGAUGGUCCAUACAAAUGGAUAUCGCCGGGAGACACCAAAGUUAUGGUUGAAAACGGAGAACUGAUUAUGGGAAUUUUAUGCAAAAAAUCACUUGGAGCUUCAGCUGGAUCACUUUUACACAUCUGUUUCCUUGAAUUAGGUCACGAAGUUUGCGGAAGAUUCUACGGAAACAUCCAGACAACAAUAAACAACUGGCUGUUACUAGAAGGUCACAGUAUCGGUAUUGGAGACACAAUUGCCGAUCCCAUGACAUACUUAGAAAUCCAGAAAGCCAUCAAGAAAGCCAAGGAAGACGUAAUAGAGGUUAUCCAGAAAGCACACAACAUGGAACUUGAACCCACUCCCGGUAACACUCUCAGACAGACCUUUGAGAACCAAGUAAACAGGAUUUUGAACGAUGCUCGUGACAAAACCGGAGGUUCUGCCAAGAAAUCUCUGACUGAAUACAACAACUUAAAAGCUAUGGUCGUAUCAGGUUCCAAAGGUUCAAACAUCAAUAUUUCCCAGGUUAUCGCCUGUGUAGGGCAACAGAACGUUGAGGGUAAACGUAUUCCCUUCGGGUUCAGAAAACGAAGCUUGCCCCACUUCAUUAAAGAUGAUUAUGGUCCUGAAUCCAAGGGAUUCGUAGAGAAUUCAUAUCUAGCCGGUUUAACGCCUUCAGAGUUUUAUUUCCACGCCAUGGGAGGUAGAGAAGGUCUUAUCGAUACAGCCGUAAAAACUGCAGAGACUGGGUACAUUCAGCGUCGUCUGAUCAAAGCCAUGGAGUCGGUAAUGGUGAACUACGACGGCACAGUAAGGAACUCAGUGGGUCAGCUUAUCCAGUUGCGUUACGGCGAAGACGGGCUAUGUGGAGAAAUGGUUGAGUUCCAGUCACUUCCAACCAUUAAACUCAGCACAAAAGCUUUUGAAAAGAAGUUCCGGUUUGAUCCAAGCAACGAACGUUAUCUUAGAAGAGUUUUUAACGAAGAUAUUAUCAAGGAAAUCAUGAGUUCUGGAGAGGUUAUUGCUGAACUCGAAAAAGAAUGGGAGCAACUCCAGAAAGACCGCGAAGCUUUAAGGCAAAUCUUCCCCAGCGGAGAUUCAAGCGUUGUACUUCCGUGUAACUUACAAAGAAUGAUCUGGAAUGUACAGAAAAUUUUCCAUAUCAACAAAAAGUCCACGACAGAUUUGUCACCUCUGAGAGUAAUCCAAGGUGUCAGGGAAUUACUAGGAAAAUGUGUUAUAGUGGUGGGGGAAGACAGACUUUCAAUCCAGGCCAACGAAAACGCCACUUUACUUUUCCAGUGUUUAGUACGAUCAACUCUAUGUGCUAAACUGGUUUCAGAACAAUACAGACUAACCACUGAAGCGUUUGAGUGGUUGCUUGGUGAAAUCGAGACGAGAUUCCAACAAGCUCAGGUUAAUCCAGGUGAAAUGGUCGGUGCUUUAGCAGCACAGUCCUUGGGAGAACCCGCCACUCAGAUGACACUGAACACCUUCCAUUUUGCCGGUGUGUCAUCAAAGAACGUAACCCUUGGUGUACCGAGACUGAAGGAAAUUAUUAACGUUUCUAAGAAGCCUAAAGCUCCAUCUCUGACUGUAUUUUUAACCGGUGCAGCUGCUAGGGAUGCUGAGAAAGCCAAGAAUGUUUUAUGUCGAUUGGAACACACUACUUUAAGGAAAGUUACAGCAAACACCGCGAUUUAUUACGAUCCAGAUCCACAAAAUACUGUCAUACAUGAAGAUCAAGAUUUCGUGAAUGUUUAUUAUGAAAUGCCUGACUUUGAUCCAACAAGGAUAUCUCCCUGGUUGUUGCGUAUUGAACUGGACAGAAAAAGAAUGGUAGAUAAGAAACUCUCCAUGGAACAGAUCGCUGAAAAAAUUAACGCAGGCUUCGGUGACGACUUAAAUUGUAUUUUUAAUGAUGACAACGCUGACAAGCUAGUGCUUCGAAUCCGUAUCAUGAACGGCGACGAUGGUAAAUUUGGCGAAAGCGAAGAAGAUGUUGACAAAAUGGACGACGAUAUGUUUUUGCGAUGUAUUGAGGCUAACAUGCUCAGCGAUAUGACCUUGCAAGGGAUUGAGGCUAUCUCGAAAGUGUACAUGCACUUGCCUCAAACCGAUUCAAAGAAAAGAAUCAUUAUAACCGAUACUGGCGAGUUUAAGGCUAUUGCCGAAUGGUUACUUGAAACUGACGGUACUAGUAUGAUGAAAGUACUGUCUGAAAGGGAUGUUGAUGCUGUGAGAACCGCUUCAAACGAUAUAUGCGAAAUAUUCUCGGUGUUGGGUAUAGAAGCUGUAAGAAAAUCGGUAGAGAAAGAAAUGAACGCUGUGCUCCAGUUCUACGGUCUAUACGUAAACUACCGCCAUCUGGCCUUGCUUUGUGACGUAAUGACCGCUAAAGGCCAUCUUAUGGCCAUCACGCGUCACGGGAUCAACAGACAAGACACCGGUGCCCUCAUGAGAUGUUCCUUCGAGGAAACUGUGGAUGUAUUGAUGGAUGCUGCGGCUCACGCUGAAGUAGACCCGAUGAGAGGUGUGUCGGAAAACAUUAUUAUGGGUCAGUUACCACGAAUGGGAACGGGUUCCUUUGAUCUUUUACUUGAUGCAGAGAAAUGUAAGAUGGGAAUGCCCAUUCCGCAAGCUCAAGGUGCCGAAGUGGGUUCUGGAAUAUUCUUCGGGUCUGCUGCAACUCCCAGCAUGAGUCCUGGUGGUGCUAUGACGCCUUGGAACCAGGGAGCUACUCCGUUCGUUGGAAAUGCCAGUGCCUGGUCGCCUCACAAUUUAAUGGGAAGUGGUAUGACUCCUGGAGGACCUUCAUUUUCGCCUUCGGCGGCUUCAGAUGCUUCAGGAAUGUCUCCAGGGUACGGUGCAUGGUCUCCCACUCCUCACUCUCCGGCAAUGUCCAGUUUCGGCCAGUCGCCAAGCUACUCGCCUUCGAGUCCGGCAUUCCAUCCUUCCUCUCCUAUGACGCCAACUUCUCCGGUGUAUUCUCCCACUUCUCCUGGACUGGUUCCUAGUCCAGGUUACGGGCCUAGUAGUCCGGGAUAUUCCCCAACAAGUCCUCAUUAUUCGCCUACUUCUCCCAGUUAUUCGCCGGCCAGUCCGAGAUAUUCUCCCACUUCUCCGAGUUACAGUCCGACCUCUCCCAGUUAUUCGCCUACUUCUCCGUCGUAUAGUCCGACUUCUCCGAGUUAUUCUCCCACUUCGCCUUCUUACAGUCCGACUUCUCCGAGUUAUUCGCCUACUUCGCCUUCGUACAGUCCGACAUCUCCGAGUUAUUCGCCUACUUCGCCUUCGUACAGUCCGACUUCUCCGAGUUAUUCACCAACUUCUCCGUCGUACAGUCCGACUUCUCCGAGUUAUUCACCAACUUCUCCGUCAUAUAGUCCGACUUCUCCGAGUUAUUCGCCUACUUCUCCUUCAUACAGUCCGACUUCUCCGAGUUAUUCUCCAACCUCGGCAAAUUAUUCGCCGUCUUCUCCGAGUUAUGCGCCUUCAAGUCCAAGAUACACGCCGGCUUCUCCCAGUUAUUCACCUACUUCUCCGAGAUAUUCGCCUUCGUCUCCGCAAUAUUCUCCGACUUCUCCGAGUUAUUCACCGACCAGUCCGGCGUAUUCGCCCGCUUCUCCGAAAUAUUCUCCGGCUUCUCCCAGUUAUUCUCCAUCUUCUCCUCAAUAUUCCCCAGCUUCUCCGACUUAUUCGCCUACCAGUCCUAGUUAUUCUCCGAGCAGUCCUCAGCAUACACCUGGGAGUUCAAAAUAUUCUCCAUCUUCUCCCAAUUAUUCGCCUACUUCUCCUCAAUAUUCGCCUCAAAGCACCAAGUAUAGUCCUACUUCUCCUACUUAUACGCCGACAAGUCCGAGUUACUCACCAGGAUCACCAAGUUAAAGUGUCUUUAUUAUUAUAUUAUCUUUAUUUUUAUGUGAGAUUUAGUGGGUCUUGUAAUAGUUAUAUACAAGAAAAAAAAAUAUUUUGCUUCAUAUAUAAAUAAUGACAUAAAAAAAGUUUUGUGAUCGUUUUAAAACUUAGUAGAUUUAUUAGUAAUUUAACAUUAAGCUAGUUAGUUUUAUAAUUCAUAUUCUUAAAUGUAUGGAUUGGAUUAAAUAGAACUAUAAAUAUAUUUUCUAGUUUUA